AUGGCGUCUACAUUAGAGCCCCACCAGAAGUCAUCACCUGCGCCAAGCCAUCCUCCAUUCGAUGAAAAGAACACCAAAUACGAUGCCGAUCUCGAACAAUCAGACUCAAUCGCCGCAAAUGGCAUGUUAGAGGCUCUUGGAUAUGAGGCAGAGCUUACAAGAAAUCGAUCAACACUCCAAGUGGCCUUCAUGUCCUUCGUUCUCGCAUCCAUUCCCUACGGAUUAUCUACAACAUUCAUCUACCCGCUAUACGGCGGUGGUCCGGUGAAUAUCAUUUGGGGAUGGCUGAUGGUAUCAGCAAUCAUUCUUUGUGUGGGAGCUUCUCUCGGCGAAAUCACUUCUGUCUACCCAACCGCUGGAGGGGUUUACUACCAAACAUUCAUGCUCUCCUCACCCGCCUAUCGAAGGAUUUUUGCCUGGAUCUGUGGCUGGUCCUAUGUGGUCGGCAAUAUCAUGAUUACUCUCGCUGUCAAUUUUGGCUCUGCUCAGUUCAUUAUUGCCUGCAUCAAUGUUUUCGAGUCCUCCCCUGGUGUUGGAGUUCUAGCGGGAGAGACAUAUCGGGUUUUCCUCCUCUUUCUUGGCAUCACCCUUCUAUGCAAUGCUGUCUCGGCGUUUGGCAACAAGUGGUUACCACAUCUUGAUACAUUUGCUAUUUUCUGGACCCUUGCUGGUGUUCUGGCUAUUGUUAUUUGUGUCUUGGUCAUUGCUAAAAAUGGCAGACAUGAUGGGGAGUAUGUUUUUACGAGCUUUGAGCCUCAGUCAGGAUGGCCGGUGGGUUGGUCAUUCUGUGUCGGACUCUUACAAGCUGCCUAUACGACUUCGUCGACUGGAAUGGUCAUAUCGAUGUGCGAAGAAGUUCAAGAACCAUCUCGCCAAGUACCCAAAGCCAUUGUUGGCACAAUCAUUAUGAAUACGCUCGCCGGUCUUCUGUUUCUGAUUCCCUUGGUUUUCGUGCUUCCCAAUACGAAAGAGCUUCUGGCACUGCAAUCUGGCCAGCCCGUCCCCAGCAUAAUUAAGUCGGCAAUUGGUAAUUCCGCUGGCGCAUUUCUCCUGCUUCUCCCACUUGCCGUUCUCGCUAUACUCUGUGGUAUUGGAUGCACCACGGCUGUAUCGCGAUCUGUCUGGGCAUUUGCAAGAGAUGGAGGUGUUCCUUACUCUCGCAAAUGGAAAGAAGUGAGCAAGACGCUGGGGGUGCCUUUUAAUGCUAUGAUGCUGGGUAUGGUGAUCGAGAUUGCCCUUGGGCUCAUCUACUUUGGAUCAAGCGCUGCAUUUAAUGCUUUCUCCGGUGUCGGCGUUAUCACUCUUACUGUGAGCUAUGCCUGUCCUAUUGCCGUGUCUUUCAUCGGGGGGCGAAAGCAAAUCAAAAACGGAAAUUUUGACUUGGGAAAACUUGGUGUAUUUUGUAAUGUUGUGGCUCUUGCUUGGAGCAUUCUCGUUGUGCCUCUAUUCUGCAUGCCGUCAUAUAUUCCUGUCACUGCAGAGACGGUGAACUAUGCCCCGGUGGUCUUUGUUGCCUUUAUAAUUAUGGCUACUGCAUGGUAUUGGGUCUGGGGCCGAAAGAAGUAUGUUGGACCACCAUCCGUCGAUGAUGCGGUGAUUGAUCUUCGUCAUGAUGCGUCUUGA